AGGACCCCCCGCGGGCGCCCGAGCCCGCGCGCGUUACGGACCUCCAACACGCCGCGCCGCUCAGCGGGGCGCCCGCCGGCGCCCCUCUCGGGGCACGCGCAGAUCUGCCCGCCCCCCGCGCCUGGGGCUGCGAAUCGGCCCAUGGCCGACGCCCUCGACGCCCACCUCCAGGCCCUCACCAGGUCCCUGGACCUGCAGGCGGGCCUGGUGCGCAGCGCCCUCGAUCUCCAUCCGGCCGCCCCGCGCGUGGACUUCCAGAGGCUCACCGAGGAGGCCAUCGGCAAGUUCAGCGCUGCGAUCAGCGACCUCAGGUCGGACCUGCUCGCCGUGGCGGCCACCGCGGCCUCUCGGGAGCCUCCGGGGACGGACGGCGUCGAGGAGGCCCCAGCGGGGAAGAGCCGCCUGAGCGUCGGCACGUCGACGGCGGCGCCCGCGAGCCAUCCGCGCGUCUCAAAGGUCAGCUUCGUUGACGACAACCAGUACGGGCGCGGCAAGGUCAGCUUCGUGGAAAGCAGGCAGUCGAGCACACAGGAGGGCAACGAGCCGCGGCACACGAACCAAAGUUUGAAGCGCGACGACUCCAGGCUCUCAGACGUUCCCAGUACGCCAACAGAUGCGAAGACCAGACCCUCCCGCAGCGCUUCCCCUACGACUUCCUCAGGAACCACCAGCUCGUCGAGAACCACGCGAAAUACUCCCAGGUCCAUCGACGGCGUACUGAAUCCAGACUGGCCUCCGAGGAUAGCGUGGGACAUGAUUGUCGUCUUCCUUGUCAUGUGCGAUAGCGUGGUCAUUCCUUUCCAGCUGGCCGAGUUCGACUCGGGCUCGGAGUUCGAUGUCUUCUGGCUUUGGUUCACGAUCGUCAUAUUCGCGAGCGACCUGGUGAUGAAUUUCUUCACAGGAUACCGCGCGGGCAAAAAGGACCACCACCGACAGGAGGGAUCCCUCGUCACUGAGAAGUCCAGCAUCGCGAUCAACUACCUGCGCGGCUGGUUCUGGAUCGAUUUCAUGAGUACUCUGCCGUGGCACAUCAUCGCGGAGGCCGCCCAGUCGAGCAACGAGACGUCGUCGGGGGCCCAAGUGACGAAGCUCGCAAAGGUCGUCAAGCUGACGCGGCUUCUCAGACUCAUGAGGAUGCUGCGCCUCGCCAAGAUCACCGUCAUCUGGGAGCGCCUCGAGGGCCGGAUCGGUUCCAUCACCGCCCUCAACUUGGUGAGCAUGUGCAGGGUUUUGGGCGUCUGGGCCGCGAUCUGCCAUUGGGGCGCGUGCAUCUGGUGGAUGUUCGGCAGGAGGGACAGCCUGGUGAUGCUCAUCACGAUGCAGGAGGACGCUCCGGAUGCGCUCCACUGGACCGAGCUCCCGCGCGUGCACAGCCCCUACGACGACUUCGGAGAGUGGAGGUGGGUGGACAGGCCCGUGUCGGAGCAGUACGUCUUCUGCUUCUAUUGGAUCCUGGGGGUGAUGCGCACGAUGCCUGCCGAGGUGACCCCCAUCACCCUGAGAGAAAGAAUAUUUGUCCUUCUCUUUAUGUUCUUCGCCGUCAUGGCUUUCGCCGUCAACGUUGCCCGCAUCACGCAGGCCUGGUUCAAGUUCAGCGCGCGCAAAGACGCGUUCAAAGAGGAAAUGGCAUACGUCCGCAUGCACCUGAGAUCGAUCGAUUGUGGUGCCUCGCUGCAGAUGCGUACACAGGGGUACCUGAACCAUCUUUACGAGAAGAGGAAGAUCCACGCCAAAGAGGCGGGCCUGCUGGGUGCCCUGCCCGAGCCGCUGAAAUUGCAGCUGAACCAGGCCCAUAGGAUCCGCUUCCUCCGGAUGAUCCCACGACUCCAGGAGUGGAAAGAUCCAGAUCUUCGGCGUGUCUGUGAUGCCACCGAUGCCAUCGACUACCUGCCUGGCGACAAAGUCACAGAGAAGAACUGCGACGCUGCGGCCGCGCACGUGCUAAUGAGGGGCAACCUGCAGUUUUUCGUGCCGGAGGACAUGCGGGGAAUUGGCAGCACGGGCAGCCGAAGCACCAGGCAGAGCACCAGGAGGUCGUUCGUCCAGCGCCUGUCGGGCGUGAGCCGGGGCAUCGAUCCCCUGAAGGUCGUGGAUGAUUAUUGUUUGUUCGACAUGGAGGCGGAUGUGAAGAGCAGGAAUACCGUGGUGGCGCUGGAGUGCUCGGAGGUGCUGCGAAUUGACCGGCAGAGGUUCCAGGAGGUGUUUCAGGCGCGUAGCGUGAAGCAGGCUGCAGACAUCCAGUUGAAGCUGACUAGGGACACGUUCGCCAUUCAGGCAGCCGCCGGCAGCUCCGACGAAGGCAGCGACGACGAAUCUGUGAAUGAGGAUUUGGGUGGCGUCCCAGGCUCUGCGACCGGCAUGUCAGGAAAAUCAAGAUUUGCAGGGUCUGCAGCGUCUGCAGCACGUGAGAUCCAGACUUUGCAGCACAUUGCGGCCAGCGCCGGAGUAUCUGCGGGAUAGCGCGAGAGAGCGCCAAAGGUACACGCACCGCUCAAUCCGCCCCAUCCUCCUCAUGUUCCGUCCCUUGUCUUCCUUUUUUGCACUGGCUUGUCAGUCGACCUUGGACAAAUGACGAGCUUGGAUGAAGCAUCGACAACGCCUAUACGGCGAGACACCGCCGCCUACCGCCUUUUGGCAACGACUGUGUCGUGAAAUGUCGAGUGGAAGCGCGGCCACGGUAGUGGACUGCGUGUUCCCCCGGCCGUCUUGGGC